AUGGUUUUCGUCUGUAUAGGCUUUGAACAUUCUUCUAUUCAUCGAAGAACAUUUUUAAAUUCGAUUUCAUUAAAUUCGAUUAAAACUGAUGUUUUUACGAUUUUUAAACUAACAGGCAUCGGAACAGCUCGGUGCUGCACUGUUCAUGGAGCUGCAGCUUUGUCACUGGAGAGCUUCACGGAGGAUUCGCCAAAGAACACUGUCAAGGAAUUGCUAACAACCAAUCGUGGUGAUACAUUUAGCAUGAUGAAGAUGGAGCGGAGGUGCACCUCAAGCGACGGUGAGGGUGAAUGUAGAGGAUCAUGGUUUCCUUACAAGGACAGGUUCAGUUGUGGUGAGGGGCACCUUAGUAGCCGUGAGGUGUUGGAGGCGGUGAGCCCUCACAUGAUGGAGGAGAGGUUAGAUAGGUUUAGGCGUGUGGUGGAGAAUCGAAGCUUCUCCGUGUGUCUUGUGGUCGAAGGUCUCUCUGAUAUUGGAAACAUCGCUGCUGCCUUCCGCUCAGCGGAUGCGUUAGGGAUUCAAUCUGUGCACGUUGUUUCAUGUGACAGCUCCAAAAGGAUUGGAAUUCAACUAGGGAUACAAUGUGCAGGGAUCCAAGAUCCUGAAAAGAUUGAAUCAUACGCUGGCGAUUGA